AUGAAACUUACAUCAUUUCUCAUUACUAUCGGGGCAUCAUCCGCCGCUGCAUUCCCAAACACCCUCCACAAGCGCGACUGCCACGAAUCAGGCGUAACCUGGGGCGCAGAGAAAUUCCUCGCUCUCCAGACUGCCCAGGAGUAUUGCGACGGGAAAAUCAACCGUCCCUUCACUACCGCCGGCCAGUACAUCAAUAAGUGUGUCAACCUGAGCAGCAACAAGAAGAUGGACUUUUUCCUCCGCUACGACUCCGAGAUUCCAGCUGAUGGGCCUCCGCAUGCUGUUGAGAAGAACUUGUGCACUGAGUAUUUCCAUCGCGAGAUCAAUGGGUGUGACCAUGGAGGAAGGAGUUCGUACCCCGCCACUGAGGGAGCUGGUGCUCUUACUUUCUCGGCGGACCCGAACGAAGGGAACUGUGCAUAG